UUUUAACCGUGCAUUUUAGAACGUUGUAGUACUAGAACAAUGACGAACGUGAAGCGCUGAACGCAACGGAGGCGGCAACAGAAUGCGCAACUGUCACGAAGCUUGCUACAUGUUUCCCAGGAGCUUUUCAAAUAGAUUCCCUGAACAUUUGGCUUGAUGCUCUCUAGAAGCUUAUGCUAGUAACUUCCCAUAUGGUUUUGCUGGAAGUUUUCCAGAAGCUUAUGCUGGAAGCUUUUUAGAAGUGUGUUGAGGGCUUCCCAUAAGCUCUCUGAAUGUAUUCCAGAACCGUUAGCCGAAAGCUAUCUACUAGCUUUUGUUGAAAACUUCUUAGACGCUUUUGCUAAAAGCUUCCUAGAAGUCUUUAUGGACGGCUUCCCAGAAGCUAUUGCUGGAAGUUUCCUAGAAGCUUUUGCUGGAAGCUUCCUAGAAGCUUUUGCUGGAAGCUUCCUAGAAGCUUCGCAGAUGCUUUUGCUGGAAGCAUCUUAGAAGCUCUUGCUGGUACCUUCCCCGAUGAUUUUAUUGGAAGCCAUACAGAAGGUGUUGCUGAAAGCGUCCACAAAAGCUUAUGCUGGAAAAAAAGCUAUCUACUAGCUUUUGUUGAAAGCUUCCUAGACGCUUUUGCUAAAAGCUUCCCAAACGUCUUUAUGGACGGCUUCCCAGAAGCUAUUGCUGGAAGCUUCCUAGAAGCUUUUGCUGGCAGCUUUCCAAAUGCUUUCGCUGGCAGCUUCCCAGAAUCUUGUGUUCGAGGCGUCCCAGAAGCUUUUGCUGCAAACUUCCCAGAAGCGUUUGAUGGAAACUUUUACGAGGUGUGCUCAAAAAUUCCCAUAAGCUAGCUGAAAGUAUUCCAGAAUCUUUUCCCGAAAGCAUCCCACUAACUUUUGUUGAAAGCUUUCCGGAAGCUUUUGCUGAAAGCUUCCUAGAAGCUGUCACUGAAAGCUCCCCAGAAGACUUUACUGACGAUUAUCCAGAAUCUAUUGCUGGAAGCUUCCCAGAAGCUUCUGUUGGACGCUUUCUCUAGGUUUUAGCAGGAAGCUACUCAAAUACUUUUGUUGGAAGCUUCUCAGAAAAGGUGUUCUUCCAUUCAGCGAGCUUCUGGGAAUGCUUCUAGCUAACUUAGGGAUUCCUUCCAGUAAGCUUUCGAGAAUGCUUUAAACAAGCUUUCGAGAAAGCUUCCAGCUAGCUUCUAGGAAAACUUCUGGGAAAGCUUCUAAGAACGCUUCCAGCAAGCUUCUGGAAAAGCUUUUGGGAACGCUUCCGGUAAGUUCAUGGGAAUGCUUCCAGCAAAGUUUUCGAGAAUACUUUCAGCAAGCUUGUGGGAAAGUUUCCAACAAGCUUGUGAGAAAGUUUCCAGCAAACUUUGUGAGAAAGCUUGCAGCAACUUGUGAGAAAGCUUCCAGCAAGUUUUCGGGAAAGCUUCCAGCAAGCUUCUGGGAAAGCUUCCCGCAAACUCCUGGGAAAGCUUCUAGCGAACUUCUGGGAAAGCUUCCAGUAAGCUUCUGGCAAAGAUUCCAGCGAACAUUCUGGCAAACUUUCGGGAAAGCUUCCAGUAAGCUGUUGGGAAAAUUUUCAGCAAGAUGGAAGCUUUCCCGAAGACUUGCAGAAGCUUCCAGCAAGGCUCAGUAAAAGCUUCCAGCAAGCUUCUAAGCAAACAUCCAGGAAGCUUCCGGGAAUGCUUCUAGUAAGCUUCUGAGAACGCUUCCAACAAGCUUCUGGGGAGCUUCCAGCAACCUUCUGGGAAUGCUUCCGGGAUUACUUCCAGCAAGCUUUCGAGAAUGCUUUUAGUGAGCCUUUGGCAAAGCUCUCAGCAAACUUUCGGGACAGCUUACAGCAGCCUUUCAGAGAAAACUUCUAACAUAAUUUUGGGAAAGCUUCCAGUAAAUUUUCAAGAAAACUUCCAGCAAACUCUUGGGAAUGUUUCCAGCAAGCUUUCAAAAAAGCUUACAGCAAGCAGCUUUCGGAAAAACUUCCAACAAGUAGCUUUCGGUAAUGCUCUAACGAGUAGCUUUCGAGAAAGUUUGCAGAAUGUUCAAGAAAGCUUCCAUCAAGCUUCGGGAUUGAUUCCAGCAAAUUUUUGAAAAUGCUUUCAACAAGCUUUCGGGAAAAAAUCCAGCAAGCUUCUGGGAAAGUUUUCAGUAAGAUUCUGGGAAAGCUUCCAGCAAGCUUCUGGGAAAGCUUUCUGCAAGCUUCUGAGAAGGCUUUCAUAAAGAUUCUGGUAACGUUUCCAGCUAGCUUCUGGGAACGCUUCCAGCAAGCUUCGGAUUUGAUUCCAUCUAACUUUCGACAAUGCUUACAACAAGCUUUUGGGAAAGCUUCCAGCAAGCUUCUGGGAAUGCUUUCAGAUAGCUUCUGUUGGAUGCAUUCAGAAACUUUUGCUGGAAGCUUACCAGGAGCUUUUGCUAGAAACUUCUCAAAUGCUUUUGUUGGAAGCUUCCCAGAAGCUUUUGUUGGAAGGUUCUCAGAAGCUUUUGCUGGAAGCUACCCCGAAGCUCUUGCUGAAAGCUUCCAAUAAGCUUUUGAUGGCAGCUUCCAAGAUGCUUUUGCUCGAAGCUUCCCAUAAAAGUUUUUAAGAAUCUUUUGUUGAAAACUUCACACUAAACUUUGUUUAAUGCUUCUCAGAAACGUUUGCUAAAAGUUUCCCAGCAGCCUUUGCCAAAAAUUUUACAGAAGCUGUCACUGAUGGCUUCUCAGAAGUAUUGCUGGCAGCUUCCUAGAAGCUUUUGCUGGAAAUUUAAUAAAAGCCUUCGCUGGAACCAUCCCAGAAGAUUUGCUGGAAGCUUACAGAUGCUUUCUGCUAGUUGUCUAGAAAUAUGCUAAAAGCUUUCCAGAAGCUUUUGCAUUCCGUUAACGGCUCCGUGACAUUCAGACAAUUUUAAAAUAUUAACUAUUUUCUGCGGAUUUAAUUUCGUAUCUCGCUGCUUUAGUCAGAAGUUAUUCUUUUUGUAAUGCAUACAAAGAUAUUGAAAGCAAUUGUCUAUCGAGCAAAAGUAAUAAGUGAAGAGCUGACGAGAACUUGUAUUUAUUCCGAGUAUUUACGCCGUGGAACCAAAAUGGAGUGGAGUUUGGUUCCCCUCAGAUUAUGUUCGCUGCUCAGGGUAUUUUCCCAGCAAAAGGCUCAACUUGAAUAGUUAACGUGCAAAUACAUUUUGAUGUGAGCGCAAAUAAAACAGCUUAAAAAACUGAUCCGUCUCAUAAUCUAGUACCUCAUUUUUUGAACCUGAAACAUGGCGAACGUAAUGGCUUCAUCAUAUUUGCGCUUCUGUUUUCAGCUAUCAUUCGCGUCGUCAGUGAGGAAAGGCUUCUCUCGAAACACGAAGAAUCGAUCGGCAGCGAGAUGGACCUUCCCGCCCAACGAACCAAAACCGGCUCGGUCAACAUUGCCGGUUUCAGCUUUCCGAUCGAGGACGAACAGACGGUGGAGAAGCUGGAGCAAACCGUACGCAGCAAUUGGUUGGUGCGACAGGCCUACGUCAACCUGCUGCGAUCGCACAUGCCACGGAGCACGGAGGCCUACCGGAUCUACGACAUCGUGUCCAGCAAGAUCUUCACCUACCGGGCGUUGCAGAACUACUAUCUGACGCAGGACCGGCAGCCGUACUUCAAACAAGACAACCGGAAGGCGAUGGUCAACUACGACAUUUUUCAGGGAUGUAUGCUCGAGGCCUGGUCGGACAAGGGCGUGGACAGUGCCGCGUUGAAAAAUGCUCUGCGAGCGGUUGUGAUGGUCAUCAGUAGGAAGCUGAGGAAGUCGGUUGGGGGUCCCAAGCGGUACUAGAUUAGGGCGUUCGGGCGGAAUGCGUCAACGGAUGGCUGUGCGGAUUUUAUUCUAAUAUACGUUAUUACACUUU